AUGCCGUUUCCUUUCAACCUACCAACAACUUCGAGUAUUUCAUUCACCGACUUCUUCAGCAGCAGCACCCACCCAUCACUGCCCCUCUGCGCCACCACUGCUCGUGGGGUCGUCCGAGACGCCCUGAAGAAACACAAGCGCCUCCCGCCGUCCUCUCAAGCUUCUAAUCUCCCCACGGUGCACUCAGUCCUCAGCGAAUAUAUCCCAUACCUGUUUGCGCUGGACGCAGGCCUGAGUGGCACCCAUUGCGCAGGCGAGGAGAUCGACCUGGUGUUGGUUAAAGAACUCGAGGUGGAAUGGCGUGCCACGCUUGCGGCAUCUCUGCCUGGGCGAGAGCCUCCAAGGAUCAAGCUAAAAAGCCUUGAAAGCGAGCUCUUUUUUGCUCUUUCUACGCUGGCAUACGCCCACAGCCUACAGGCUCGCGCACAUCUACACACCCUCUACAACGCGACUCUUCCAACGCCCGAGCAGAGGGCAAAUGCCAUAGGUGCCUCGAUGAGAAGUUUUCUUGAGGCAAAUGCUAUACAUACGUAUCUUGUGAAUCGAGCCGGGCAGUGGAAUACUCAACCCGUAGCGGUCGACAUCACGAUUCCCCUGCUUGGGGCAUUGGCCGAGCUCACAAUGGCAGAGGCUACGCUAAUCACAGUCUUGAAAGACGAUCCAUACCCCGCUGUCGUUCUAGAAGAUAGAAAUAAACAAAGCAAAGAUUGGAUGUUCAAAGGCGUCGAGAUCCCAAAGGUUCGAGCCCAUUUGUUCGCUCGCCUGUGUCUGGCGGCCUCUGAACAUGCGUCCAAGGCCCAAGCUAUGCUAGGAAGAUCAGUCAAGGUUCACGAGAGCCUGGUCAAAUAUGUCGAUGAUCUACGACGGACAGCCAAGGGCAAGGCAUGCCGGUUCUUGGGGAUUGACGCAGAAUUGGCUGGCAAGACAGGUGAGGCAAUUGCAUGGCUGCGCGGUGCAACGAAGGAGUUAGGGUUCGCCGCAAUGGGUGCCGAGGAAGAGAAGAAGGCCUCCGGACUCUCCAAGCUCAAGAAGGAAUGGCAAGUAAAGAGGGAGGAUCGGAAAAUAGAGAAAGGGGAGGGCUGGGGCACAGAUGCUGGCAAGUUCGAGGAAGGACGGGUAGUUGACAUGCUGCUGCAGAAGUGGGUAAAGAUGAACGACACGAUGGGGGUUCAAUUAAUACCGCCAUCCGAACCUCUACUUGCAGGCAUGCCCUCGGGAAGAGAGUAUCACGCUGCUAAGCUGUUUGUCACGCCAGCGUUGGACGAGGACUCUAUCGUGCGGAUGAGGGCUCCCCCUGAUCCCGGUGAUGCCGCGUUCAAGGGAGACGAAGAGGACAGCGGCGAUGAGGAGGAGAGAGGAAUCGCCCCUGUUGGUGCGUUUCCAGGCACGAAGGCAGAGUAUCCCGGGGGAUCAGGGUAUUACUGA